AUGUCUUUUGCCGGAACAAGAAGAACCAAGUUGAUCGAAGGUAUCGAUAAUCGUGUACCAGUGGCCUCUGAAGCCUUUGAUAGUGCAGAGAACCUCACAGAGUUGUACGACUCUGAUACCUACGGUUUGAAUGCCAUGCGUGAGACCCUGCCAUCACAUUGUUACAAGAAGAUCCGUGAGGUAAUUUCCACAGGUCAGCCAUUGGAUCCAGCGAUCGCCGACAUGGUUGCCAACGGUAUGAAAGAAUGGGCCAUCAAGCGUGGUGCCACCCAUUACACCCAUUGGUUCCAGCCACUCAAUGGUUUGGUUGCCGAGAAGCACGAUGCUUUCGUAUCAAUCUUCCCAGGUGACGACCGUCUCCUCCUCGAAUUCUCUGGUAUGCAAUUGAUCAAGGGUGAACCAGAUGCUUCUUCAUUCCCCAACGGUGGAAUUCGUUCCACUUGGGAAGCCAGAGGUUACACUGUUUGGGACGCCACAUCACCAGCCUUCAUUCGUAAGGAUCAAAACGGUUCCACCCUUUGUAUUCCAACUGCUUUCUGCUCAUGGACUGGUGAGGCACUCGACCAAAAGACACCACUUCUUCGUUCUAUGGAGCGUGUCUCUGAGGAAUCACUUGCUGUCCUCUCAUCCAUCUUCAAAGAGAACUACAAGAGAAUUUCACCAACUUUGGGUAUUGAACAAGAAUUCUUUUUGAUUGAUAGAUCAUUCUAUUUGUCAAGACCAGAUUUGAUUACUUGCGGUAGAACUUUGAUUGGAGCCAAGCCACCAAAGGGACAAGAGAUGGAAGACCACUAUUUCGGUACAAUGAACUCUAGAAUUGUUGCUUGUAUUCAAGAUGUUGAGUGGCAAAUGUGGAAACUCGGUAUGCCAUUGAAGACCAGACACAAUGAAGUCGCACCAGGUCAAUACGAAGUUGCCCCAAUCUUCGAGCGUGCAAACGUUGCCUCUGAUCACAACAUGUUGUUGAUGGACGUUCUCAAGUCAACUGCAACCCGUCACGGUUUGAUUUGUUUGCUCCAUGAGAAGCCAUUCGACUAUGUCAACGGUAGUGGUAAGCACAACAACUACUCACUCUCCACAGACACUGGUGUCAAUCUUUUGGAACCAGGUUCAACUCCAGCCCAAAACGCUCGUUUCAUCCUUUUCCUUACUGCCAUCAUCCGUGCCGUCGAUAUCCAUGCCGAUUUGCUCCGUGCUUCCGUUGCCAAUCCAGGUAACGAGCAUCGUUUGGGUGCUAACGAAGCUCCACCUGCCAUCAUUUCCAUCUAUUUGGGUCAAGAGUUGGACCGUGUCGUCAACGACAUUGUCCACUCCACCGAGACUGAAGCCAAUGGUGACUGCAACGGUGAGAAGAUGUCACUUGGUGUAGGUGCAUUCCCACCAUUACCAAAGGAUUCGACCGAUCGUAAUCGUACCUCACCAUUUGCCUUCACUGGUAACAAGUUUGAAUUCCGUGCCGUCGGUUCUAGUCAAGUAGUUGCCUUCCCAUGUAUUAUCCUCAACACCAUCGUCGCCGAAUCACUCCAAUACAUCCGUAAGGAGAUCGAGCGUGAAAAGACCAACAACGUCGCUGCCAACACUGCUUUUAACAAUGUCAUCAAGCGUGUACUUUCACUCCAUCAAAGAGUCAUUUUCAACGGUGAUGGUUACGGUCAAGAGUGGCGUGAUAUUGCCGCCAAGCGUGGAUUGGCCAAUAUGCGUACCACCCCAGAGGCACUCGCCACUUUGAACAGCGAAAAGAACAUCAAGUUGUUCGAGUCAUUCAACAUUCUCUCACCAAUCGAGUUACAAUCACGUCAACACAUUCUCUAUGAAAUCUACGUCAAGUCGAUCACCAUCGAAGCUAAGUCCAUGUAUGAUAUGGUCUCUACCUUGGUGUUACCAGCUGCCUUCAAGCACCAAAAGAAUGUUGCCGAUUCACUCAACGCCAUCAUGCCUUUCGUCCAAGGACAAAAGAAUCUUCCACAACCAACCGCUCAAAUUGCAGUGUUGACCGACUUGGUUACCGCCAUCAACUCGCUCAGCGACUUGAACGUUAAGUUGCUCGCCGCAGUCAAGGCCACCAAGAGCGCUGCCAACGAGAAGGACCAUGCUUUCAUGUUGAGCACCUCUGUUAUCCCAGCAAUGAGAGAAGUCCGUAGAGUAAGUGACCACUUGGAAACCAUCAUCGAUGAUACCAUCUGGCCACUUCCAAAAUACUCUGAAAUCUUGUUCCUUCGUUAA